AUCUUCCGCGGCUUCCGGGGGCGGCUCUUGCCGAUCGCUAAAAAAGAAAAUGUGCUCGCCACAGGUCGAGCUGGGCUUCGUGGAAGAAGCGGCUUCUUGGCGGUUGCGCAGUGACCAGUUCCCUUGCAAGGUCGGCGGGAGGCCGGCUUGGCUGGGCGAGGCCGGCUUGCCGGGGCCCUCCGAACUGCGGUGCGGCUUGUGCGGGCAGCCGUGCGCGUUCCUCUUGCAGCUCUACACGCCGGUGCAAGGGCGGCCUGAGGCCUUCCACAGGACCCUCUUCCUCUUCGGCUGCCGCCAGCCCUCUUGCUAUCGCCCCGCUGGCCCAGCCCCGGGCAGCCUGAGAGUUUUUAGGAAUCAGCUUCCAAGAAAGAAUGAUACUUACUCUUACAAUCCACCACCUGAAGAACCACCUCUGGAAGAGUUACCUUCUGUGAAUCUGCAGCUAAAAUGUGGAGUUACGCUUUGCAGAGUCUGUGGUUGCUUGGGACUCAAAGCAUGUUCCAAAUGUCAUAAGGCUCAUUACUGUAGCAGAGACCAUCAGAUUAGAGACUGGAAAGCAGGACAUAAGGUAUCAUGCUUGCAGUCUGAUGUGAAUAUUGUAAUUCCGGAUCAUAAAUUUCUGUUCCCCGAGUAUGAAAUUGUAAGAGAGCUUGAGGAAUUAGAUCCUGCUGCUGUCAGUGACACAGAACAGGAGGAUUUAGACAAAAACGAGGAAAAAACAACUACAGGUAAUCUAGAUGAAGCUUCUGAGCUCUUAAAGGAGAUGUCCUUGGAGAUGAUGGCAAAACAUGAAACUCAGGAAGAUAGAAUUUUUCAAAUGUUCAAAGAAAGAAUAUCUUUGGAACCAGAACAGGUUAUCAGAUACUGUAGAAAUGGAGAAGGGCCCAUCUGGAUUUCAGGGAUAAAUGUUCCUCAGGACACUGAUAUUCCCAACUGUCAGUGUGGCAGCAAAAGAGUAUUUGAAUUCCAGGUUAUGCCUCAGCUUCUAGCUCACUUAAACGUUGACAGUCUUGGAGAAAGCAUUGACUGGGGGACACUGGCUAUCUACACAUGUGCUGACAAUUGUAAUCUAGGCCACCACUACACUGAAGAGUUCAUCUGGAAGCAGGACAUUUCCAGUUCUGUUUAAUGUCUGAAGCUUGAGCAGUGAGAUAA